AAUAGGAUCCAAAUAAUUUCUUAUGUGUGUGGUUGUGGGGUCCAGUAAAGUUUUCCUUCCUCUCCAUUUUUGGUCUUCAACCAAACAACGAGAAAUACAAAAGCUUUUCCCUCGCACCAAAACCCCAACAUCGAAACCCAAACCCAUUGCGGAGGAGUGGCACCGUGGUAGCACCAACGAGCAAAACAACACCCAAUUGCCGAGAACUUCAACUUCACCCACUCACGAUAAUGGCAAUGGAUGAUUCACAUUCAUCUCUAUUCAACUUAGGGAUUUUAGACACUCUCACCCAAGACGAACUUCACGAAAUCCUCGACAGCUACAACGCCUUCUGCAACGCCACGCAAUCUCUUCUCGGCGGCGCCGGCGACCUCUCAUACGGUGCUCAAUUUGUUUCUCAUGUUCACACCCUCUGCAAACACGGCCUCGAAUCACUAGUUCGCGACCACUUUCUCAGAGUCUUAGAGGAAACUUUUGAACGAAAUGGGGCAUCGAGGUUUUGGCGGCACUUUGUUCCUUACGCUGAUUUUGUAGAUUUGAACAAGAAUGAUGAUAUCAAUAUUGACGAGGAUGAGAUUGAGAGUGUGUUGUAUAAUGCUUUGGAGGAAAUCUCUUUGGAGAAACAGUAUCAGGAGAAGUGUCUGUUAAUAUUAGUCCAUGCUUUACAAUCUUUCAAGGAUCAAAUGUCAGAGGAAAAGCAUGAUUUUGAAGCAGAAAGAAAUUACCUUACCUCUAAGUAUCAAUGGAUUGUCUCUUCUGUGCUUAUGGCUACACUUCCCCGGGUUUUCCCUGUUAUAUUGCAUUGGUAUUUUAAAAGAAGGCUGGAGGAAUUAAGUACAAUCAUGGACGGAGAGUUCACUGAUGAUGUAUCUCAAAAUAAGGAUGGCAUGGAUUUAGAUGAAAAAGGAAAAAUAUGCAACGAGGAUGGUGAGAUGGAUGUUGAUGAGUGUUAUAGCAACCGUCGGUUCUCAGAAAACAGUAGACUGGUGAAGAAUAUUGGAAAAGUUGUUCUUGAUCUCCGAAGCCUUGGAUUUACUUCUAUGGCCGAGGAUGCUUAUGCUUCUGCUAUAUUUUUACUAUUAAAGGCUAAAGUAUAUAAUGUAGCCGGAGAUGAUUUUAGGAGUUCUAUUUUACAAUCUAUUCAAAGCUGGAUACAGGCUGUUCCUCUCCAGUUUCUCCAUGCCCUUCUUGUCUAUCUCGGUGACUCUGUUAGUUAUGAAAGUACUUCAUCAGGUCUCAAAUCACCUCUAGCGCCACAACCAUCAUCAUUUUGUCCUGGAAUUGAUACUCCCUCUGAAAGUCUUGUCAGAUGGAAGUUGCGGCUGGAAUAUUUUGCUUAUGAAACGCUACAAGAUUUAAGGAUAGCCAAAUUAUUUGAGAUAAUUGUUGAUUAUCCCGAUAGCUCUCCUGCAAUUGAAGAUUUGAAACUUUGUCUUGAAUACACCGGACAACAUUCAAAGCUGGUGGAGUCAUUUAUUUCUGCUCUGCGUUAUCGCCUUCUUACUGCAGGCGCAUCAACCAAUGAUAUAUUACACCAAUAUGUUUCGACUAUUAAAGCUCUAAGGACAAUAGAUCCUGCGGGUGUUUUCCUUGAGGCAGUUGGUGAACCAAUAAGGGAUUAUUUAAGAGGAAGGAGAGAUACAAUAAAAUGCAUAGUGACCAUGCUUACAGAUGGGACGGGUGGUUCAUCAAGUGCAUCCGGAAAUCCUGGAGAUAGUCUUCUUGAAGAGUUGAACAGAGAUGAAGAAAUUCAAGAGAAUUUUGGUAUUGAUGAUGACUUCAACACUGAUGAUAGGCAAGCAUGGAUCAACGCCACACGAUGGCAACCUGACCCUGUGGAAGCAGAUCCAUUGAAGGGAAGCAGAAACCAAAGGAAGGUUGACAUACUUGGGAUGAUUGUUGGCAUAAUUGGUUCAAAAGAUCAAUUAGUUCAUGAAUAUCGAACUAUGCUUGCUGAGAAACUUUUAAAUAAAUCUGAUUAUGAUAUUGACUCAGAGAUACGUACUCUAGAACUCCUUAAGAUACACUUCGGAGAGAGCAGCCUACAAAAAUGUGAGAUUAUGCUGAACGAUCUAAUUGGCUCAAAGAGAGUCAAUACUAACAUUAAAGCUACCAUAAGUCAGCCAUCUCAAUCAAGUGUUGAGGUUGAAGACAAUGCAAUAUCCAUGGAUAAAAUAGCUGCGACAAUCAUAUCUUCUAAUUUCUGGCCUCCAAUACAGGAUGAGCCCCUCAACCUGCCUGAACAUGUUGACCAGCUUCUCUCUGAUUAUGCCAAGAGAUUUAGUGAAAUCAAAACACCACGUAAGCUUCAGUGGAAAAAAAGUCUUGGUACUGUCAAGCUGGAGUUGCAGUUUGAAGAUAGGGUAGUUGAAUUCACAGUAGCCCCUGUUCUUGCAUCUAUCAUUAUGAAAUUUCAAGAUCAAACGAGUUGGACCUCAAAAAAUCUCGCGGCUGCUAUUGGGAUACCUGUGGAUGUAUUAAAUAAGAGAAUAAAUUUUUGGAUAAGCAAGGGAAUAAUUUCAGAGUCGCCAGGGGGAGAUUCCCCUGACCAUGUAUACACCAUUAUGGAAAACAUGGGUGAGACGAGUAAGAAUGGAGGAGGCAAUGGCAUUCCUCAGGAUCUUCUUGGAGGCGAUGAGGAGGAAGACGGAUCUGUGGCCUCGGUAGAAAAUCAACUUCUGAAAGAGAUGACUGUGUAUGAGAAAUUUAUCUUGGGGAUGCUCACAAACUUUGGUAACAUGGCAUUAGAUCGCAUUCACAAUACUCUCAAGAUGUUUUGUGUUGCUGAUCCCCCGUAUGACAAAUCACUCCAACAACUACAAAGCUUUUUAUCUGGUCUAGUCUCAGAGGAGAAGUUAGAACUUCGGGAUGGAGUGUACUUUCUAAAGAAGUAGUGAGCUUAUGGAACUGAAAUCAUCAUCUUUUGGCCAUAACUUUUAAGCAAAAAAAAAAGGUUCUGAUUAUAUAAUUUGCUGUAAACUUUGAAGGUAGACAGCAACUUGAGUUCCCCUUAUUUUGUUGCCAUGUAUGUGUUGUUGCCAUGAGGAAACUGACACUUGGCAUGGGUGAAUAAAAAUGUGAAGCUUUUAUUGAACUGCUUGAGACAUGAGAUAACAUGGCUUAUGAUAUGCUUCAUCCACACGUUGCAAUCUAGAGUUGACACUAACCAAAGUACUCAAACAUUCAUCUUUCCUCUGUCGGAUUAUUUUCCAAACAUGCACCUUUUAUGAUAAUUUUAAUUAAUUUUCAACGUGCCACCUGUCUGAAUUUGUAGGACUUGUUUAGCCUAAUAGGAAAACUCAUCUAUCUUUAUUGGUUUUUGUACAUAACAUAGAUAUGUUGUAUGACAUUUUUAAUCUAUAUAUAUAUAUAGCUCUGUUCAGUUUUA